CUCUAUCUGCCCGACUCUCUCUCGCAGCAGAGUGUCUCAGCCCCCCCACACUCAGUUAUAGAAACCCUCUGUGACCAUGUCUGUUAGAGCCUUGAAGACCACCACCUACUCCACUGUAUCCUCUUCUGCGGGUGUGGGCCCAGGCCAAGGCUUCAGCAGCCGCUCCUUCUCUGGCUACGGCGGCCAUGGCAUGGGUGGUGCCCGGCAGAGCUACGCUGUCCGCUCCUCCUAUGGGGGUGUGGGCACCAGCGCUGCUGGCAUGGGUGUAGGGGGUUUCAAGGUGGCUGGUGGGUACGUGGCUGGAGGGUCUGGCCAAAGAGGGGGCGCAGCAGAGUUUGGCUACAUGGGUCUCGGCGGAGGCAUCGGUGUCGGGGGCGGCAUGGCCAGUGGUCUGUCGGCCCCCAUAACGGCGGUGACAGUGAACAAGAGCCUCUUGGCACCCCUUAACCUGGACAUUGACCCCACCAUCCAUGGUGUUCGCACACAGGAGAAGGAGCAGAUCAAGACCCUCAAUAACCGCUUCGCCUCCUUCAUUGACAAGGUUCGCUUCUUGGAGCAGCAGAACAAAAUGCUUGAGACAAAGUGGAGCCUCCUGCAGAGCCAGACCACCACCAUCUCCAACACCGAUGCCAUGUUCGAGGCCUACAUCGCCAGCCUACGUAAGCAGCUGGACAACCUCGGUCACGAAAAGGUCAGGCUGGAGUCAGACCUGCACAACAUGAAGGGCCUGGUCGAGGACUUCAAAAAGAAGUACGAAGAUGAGAUAAACAAGCGCAACGAGUGUGAGAACAACUUCGUCCUCCUCAAGAAGGACACAGAUGCAGCCUACAUGAUGAAAGUGGAGCUGGAGGGCAAGCUGGAUAGCCUUUCUGACGAGAUUGACUUCCUGCGGCAGAUCUAUGAUGCUGAGCUCCGUGAGCUGCAGGCUCAAAUCAAAGACACGUCUGUUGUUGUAGAGAUGGACAACAGCCGGAGCCUGGACAUGGAUGCUAUUGUGGCUGAAGUACGUGCCCAGUACGAGGACAUUGCCAACCGCAGCAGAGCCGAGGCUGAGACAUGGUACCAGAGUAAGUUUGAGGAGAUGCAGCAGUCAGCAGGUAGAUAUGGAGAUGAUGUAAAGGCAUCCAAGGCUGAAAUCGCUGACCUGAACCGCAAGAUAAUGAGGAUCCAGUCUGAGAUUGACAUCAUGAAAUCUCAGCGAAACAAUUUGGAGAAUCAGAUCGCCGAGGUCGAGGAGCGUGGUGAGUUGGCCGUAAAGGACGCCAGGCUCCGUGUCAGGGAUCUGGAGGAGGCUCUCCAGAGAGCCAAGCAGGACAUGACACUGCAAGUCCGCGAGUACCAGGAGCUGAUGAAUGUGAAGCUGGCCUUGGACAUAGAGAUCGCCACAUACAGGAAACUUCUAGAGGGAGAGGAGGACAGGUUGGCCACUGGAAUCAAGACCAAUAUUACCAAACAGACUUCAGUGAACUACAAUGCCUACGGUCUGGAGAGUGCUCGCAUGGCAUCCUCUGUCAGCUCCUCUUAUGGGGGAAUCAUAGCGAGCAGCACUUCCAUCAGCGGGCAAGAGGAGGCAGUGAAGAUUGACGAGGCCAGCACCAGCGCCACCACUGCCACCACCAAUUUCACCGAGACUGAAACCGUUGCUGUCAAAACCACAGAGGAAGAGGAGCCACAGGUGGCCUCCGAGCAGACAUCCACCGUGGCCGAGGAAGAGGAGCAAGCAAAGGAGCAGGCAAUGGAGCAAGAGCAGGCGGAGGUUCAGGCCGUGGCCGAAGAGUGAAUUUCGCUCCCUGAUGCACUGAUGGUUAAUUGAUGGUUUUAGCUUUGCCUUUCAGAUCUAGGUACCACAAAAAAAAAACUAGCAGGUUAAAAGACCCCACGCAAAGAUUUUUUUCCUUGCUCUUCAUUCAACGUUUUGGAUUUAAUUAAGGUUAAUUACACCAUUAACUCCAUCACCAAACAACUGAUGUGAUGAACACAGAAAUUUGGGAGACAUUCCCUUAGGGUAUUAGAAAGCAAUAGGCAAAUUGAUCAUUCACUGUCAACUGUAGUAGUCUCAUUCACUGCCAAAGGUUAUUAAAGGCCACGAUUGUCACCAGUCCACCUGUUCAGCCAACAGGUGGCACUGUAGUAAGGGUUUUCAACAAAAAAAGAUCACUGAGGCUCCAAGGCCUUUGCAAAGCACUGCUGUUAUUAUUUUGCAAGUACGGGCCAACUUGAUGGUCAUAGCACCUUGACAUAUCGUUGUUAAUGAAAUUCUUUUACGAUUUGUGGAGCAAUUGGGAAGAUAGUGAGUCAUUACUAUGCGAAGCCUACUGUGCCAAAAGUCUAACAGCUGGGUGUUACUGGCAAAUUCUCCCGAGUCCCCGUGCGCACCUUCAACUGUGAAAAAGCUUAUGCUCAGGCAGACUGAUGCUGGCAACAACUGCUGUUCUCUUGCUCAAGAAUAAAGCUCCUCCAAACCCUA